GAUGGGUUCCACUCGACGGAAGUCUUCAAGUCUAGGUUUUGCGGAGUGAUCAUAGCGCGCUAGCGGCACACUUGUUGACGAAUGAGAGCGGAUCAUCAGCCGCAUGUGCUGUCACCGUGUUUGUAUUCGUCUGUUCUGUUUGCCGGAUGGAAUACGCAGUGGACGAGUUUGCUGAGAUCAAAGCUGUGCCAAUAAACAUCUAGGCUUAUCUGACAAGCAUUCACCCAACACGAUGGCUAGUACGGCGGAGGCGAAGCGUACCGCAUGUCCUGCACCUGGUCUACAAGUUGAUAUACACACUACUAUACUGCAAAACAAUGGUGUUUUACUAGCUAUACCGGCAAUGGUGUCCAGAGAGAUGUAUAGUGGUCGAGACAUCAUCGCACCUAAUAGUGCUUUUACGGCAGACAAAGUUGAUCAUCGUAACUAUGUACCAGUUGAAUGGUGGAUCAUGUCGUGCACGCAAGCACAGAAUGGUGUCAUGAAGGAUGGAGAGGGCAUAACCAGGCUUCGCCUAGCGAGUGGUAAUCACGUGCCUCUUAGUGAUGCUCUGCUGGUGUGCGAGAAAGACCUGUUUGGCGAUUAUGCCACCAAGUGGCCGCUGACAAAGGUUCUGGAUAUCGGUGGCCGGGCUGUCAAGCCAUCAUUUGUUGCGGACGAUGCGAGUGCUGAUUCUAAGGAAGUUCCUCCUAUUCCCUGCCAUGUUCACGCUGGCUUGGUGUGCAAUGGACACUGCCAAGGACCAGGCAAGCUGGAGGCAUACUUCUUCCCACCACUGAAUGUUCCACCGUACAAUCUUGAACUGAGCAAUGUAAUUACUCGGCUGGGCUUGAAGCCGGACACGACGCAGGAGGAUGUGGUCAAAUGUUUGAAGAGAUUCGGUGAAGAUGAUAGUAUGUAUCAGCUACUGAACGUGUUUGAUAUUCAGCCCUGGGAGUCUUGGACAAUACAGGAGAAAGUGGUACACGCACCGGGUCCUUGGCUCACCUUUGAAAUCCAGAGACCUCAAGAUGACUACAACCUACUGGCCUGGCGGCUGGGUCAUGCAUUACAAGGAGAAGCCAAGGAGUCACUACGGUCUAGCACGCAUCUCCGUGGCCUGGCUGACGACGAGGCGCUGCUGAGAGAGACCAUCGACUGGGAGAUGAACACGGAUCCUGACUUUGAAUCGAAAUGGCAUACAAAAUGUCAGGUUCUGUCCAGCGGUGACUGGGGCCGUCAGACACGUCUUUUCUAUCAUGACUUCUAUGGAGAGGGCUUUGAGAUCUUGCCAGGUCAUUCGUUCACCAGACCCAAAGGACCUCAGCCCAUAGCAGGUAUUGUGUGGAGUGGCUCUGGCAGCCUCAACGGAUUACCAGUCAGUGCUGUGGAUGAUGAAAGCAGGGAGUUUCUUGUCUGUCCACAGUUUCCUUGCCAUAUUGAGAACCCUGAGUCAAGCAGCAGCACAUUGAUUGUUUUCACUGUAUUCCCCAUGCUUGAUUGAUACCGCCGCAUACCACUCUAAUAUUAGCUGACUAGGUUCAAAAAAUACGCAAAAAAUUGCUGGUUGAUGAACCCCCAAAUACGCAAAAAAUUGCUGGUUGAUGAACCCCCCCCCCCCCUUACUUGCUUCCCCAAACUGCUGCUCAAAUAUUGUUUUUAGAAAUUACAGGAAUUAUUUUCAAAUUAUGAUGAUGUCUCCCCAUUUCUACCCACUACACACACACUCAUCAAUGCAAAAGGAUUUUUUUACAGAAAUUGCGGAUUUGUUUUAACAAAUUUCUGUAAUUUGUUUUAGUGGAAAAAGUUCACUGGCUAGAAUGUUUUACAUAGCCAUAAGGCAGGAAAGAGUAGUUUCGGAUAAGAGAAGAAAUCAGUGAAAGGAACAAUG